AUGUCUUCGAGUCGUGGAAGUUUUCCUGAAAGCUUAGAAGGUGCGCCCGACACAAAUGCUGAGGAGGAUGAAGUUAAUCUCCACGACAUAUCGUCUCCUCCUGAUCUUGCCAAUACCAGGAAAGGUAUCGACGCAAGUGAUUGCGUGACACUAAAUGACGAACGAAACUUUGAAACUGCCUCUCCACCCAUGGACCCUAAAGAAAACGAGACAAUUGAAGCAAUCAAGAGCUCAGAUACCACUGAAACACACCAAGUUCCAGGAAGCAUCUGUGGCACAAAUACAGAAAAUCAUAUUGGAGAAAUUAAAAAAAAAAGCUACGGAACAGACAAUGUAACCACUGAUGCCGCUGAGACUGUAGAAAUCAUGGAAGUUUCAGAGAUUGUUGAAGCAGAUGAUGCCACUGAGACUGUCGAAGCUAUGGAAGUUGCAGAAACUGUUGAAGCAGAUGAUGCCACUGAGACUGUGGAAGCCACGGAAGUUGCAGAAGCUGCUGAGGCUCUCAAUGCCACUGAGACUGUGGAAGCCACGGAAGUUGCAGAAGCUGUUGAGGCUCUCAAUGCCACUGAGACUGUGGAAGCCACAGAAGUUGCAGAAGCUGCUGAGGCUCUCAAUGCCACUGAGACUGUGGAAGCCACAGAAGUUGCAGAAGCUGUUGAGGCUCUCAAUGCCACUGAGACUGUGGAAGCCACAGAAGUUGCAGAAACUGCUGAGGCUCUCAAUGCCACUGAGACUGUGGAAGCCACAGAAGUUGCAGAAGCUGCUGAGGCUCUCAAUGCCACUGAGACUGUGGAAGCCACAGAAGUUGCAGAAGCUGCUGAGGCUCUCAAUGCCACUGAGACUGUGGAAGCCACAGAAGUUGCAGAAACUGCUGAGGCUCUCAAUGCCACUGAGACUGUGGAAGCCACAGAAGUUGCAGAAGCUGCUGAGGCUCUCAAUGCCACUGAGACUGUGGAAGCCACAGAAGUUGCAGAAGCUGCUGAGGCUCUCAAUGCCACUGAGACUGUGGAAGCCACAGAAGUUGCAGAAACUGCUGAGGCUCUCAAUGCCACUGAGACUGUGGAAGCCACAGAAGUUGCAGAAACUGCUGAGGCUCUCAAUGCCACUGAGACUGUGGAAGCCACGGAAGUUGCAGAAGCUGCUGAGGCUCUCAAUGCCACUGAGACUGUGGAAGCCACAGAAGUUGCAGAAGCUGUUGAGGCUCUCAAUGCCACUGAGACUGUGGAAGCCACAGAAGUUGCAGAAACUGCUGAGGCUCUCAAUGCCACUGAGACUGUGGAAGCCACGGAAGCUGCAGAGGCUGCUGAGGCUCUCAAUGCCACUGAGACUGUGGAAGCCACAGAAGUUGCAGAAGCUGUUGAGGCUCUCAAUGCCACUGAGACUGUGGAAGCCACGGAAGUUGCAGAAGCUGUUGAGGCUCUCAAUGCCACUGAGACUGUGGAAGCCACGGAAGUUGCAGAAGCUGUUGAGGCUCUCAAUGCCACUGAGACUGUGGAAGCCACGGAAGUUGCAGAAGCUGUUGAGGCUCUCAAUGCCACUGAGACUGUGGAAGCCACAGAAGUUGCAGAAACUGCUGAGGCUCUCAAUGCCACUGAGACUGUGGAAGCCACGGAAGUUGCAGAAGCUGCUGAGGCUCUCAAUGCCACUGAGACUGUGGAAGCCACAGAAGUUGCAGAAGCUGCUGAGGCUCUCAAUGCCACUGAGACUGUGGAAGCCACAGAAGUUGCAGAAGCUGCUGAGGCUCUCAAUGCCACUGAGACUGUGGAAGCCACAGAAGUUGCAGAAACUGCUGAGGCUCUCAAUGCCACUGAGACUGUGGAAGCCACAGAAGUUGCAGAAACUGCUGGGGCUCUCAAUGCCACUGAGACUGUGGAAGCCACAGAAGUUGCAGAAACUGCUGAGGCUCUCAAUGCCACUGAGACUGUGGAAGCCACAGAAGUUGCAGAAACUGCUGGGGCUCUCAAUGCCACUGAGACUGUGGAAGCCACAGAAGUUGCAGAAACUGCUGAGGCUCUCAAUGCCACUGAGACUGUGGAAGCCACAGAAGUUGCAGAAGCUGCUGAGGCUCUCAAUGCCACUGAGACUGUCGAAGCUAUGGAAGUUGCAGAAGCUGUUGAGGCUCUCAAUGCCACUGAGACUGUGGAAGCCACAGAAGUUGCAGAAGCUGCUGAGGCUCUCAAUGCCACUGAGACUGUGGAAGCCACAGAAGUUGCAGAAGCUGUUGAGGCUCUCAAUGCCACUGAGACUGUGGAAGCCACAGAAGUUAUCGAGGGAGCCGAGGUUACAAUUAGCGUUGAUGGCACUGAAUCUGCCGUUGUGGUAGAGGAGUCUGAGAUUGUUUACCAAGCAGACACGACUAGGGAUGACAGUGUAGUUGAUGGUGCAAUAACCUCCGGUGGUAUCGAGGUCGAUAAUGACGCAAAGGCCGUAGACAAAAACAAAGCUACCCACGAAGCUGUAGAGGUGCUCAAGGACCUAGAGAGCGAGCGGGCCGCCAACAACACUGAGGCUCCUCUUGCUGAGGUUACUGGAGUAGAAACUGACGCAAUUGCCUCCGCUGGGGCUGUUGAUGAUAUUAAGACCCUUGAGGCUCCGAGUGGAGAAAAUCCCCCGGUUGUUGAAUAUGAUGAAGUGGUCAAUACUGUUGGUUCCGCUGGAGUUUCUGGAGGCGCCCGGGGUGAACAGGAUAUCGCGGUAGUUAGUAGCAGAGAGGAUGAUGUGAAAAAUACGGAAGGUAGUGGAUUUCCAGAGCGGAAAGAGACGGAAACGAGCGCCACUACACCAACUCCUUUACACUCAGAUGCAGGAGUAAGGGCCCAGACGGCGGGUCCGGGUGGUAUGGCAAAGGAACUUGCAUUGCCGAAGGAUGCCAGCGCCGACGGACCGAAAAGGGUGGAGAGCGCCGCUGUCAAUCCCUCCGAAAAGAAGGAUCUCACACCGAAUGUGGGGAAGGAGCCACAACGGACAUUGGAAAAGAGCAAAGGGGAUAAGCCUGCGAAACAGGAGGUGUUAGCAUCUGCUCAGCACCAACCCGCAGCUGGAACGGUGGGCAAGCAUGUCAGGAGAAAAAGGAAAGGUCUCCUUUACGAAAAUUAUUACGGUCCUCACGUUAUACAGAGGGUUCGCAACCCCCUUAAUUUAACUCCCGCCGAAGAAUACUCUGUCUUUCGCGCUCGCAACGGUGUUUCCCUCAACUAUACGGGUCCUAUCCACGUUGUUGAGGAGAUUCACGUCGGGUGUGCUUACUGUGGCUGUCCCGUUGACGCCGUCACACGUGUCGAAGCCGGAAAAUUGCAUUUCCAUCCACAAUGUAUUCGCUGCAAACUGUGUGGUGCGAAUAGCAUAUCAGACGCGUACUUCCAGGUAACUAAUAAUAGUGUCAUUUGCUCCGAGUGCAGUGUGAGGGGUUUAUCAGAAAAUGUGGCCAAGGAGGAGGCCGCUGAUGAUACGAUGUUCACGAGUAACUUCCGUCAUAAGUUCGAAAGGGCGAUUCGGCGUUUUGAUGUUAAUUCUGAGCGGCGUCCCAGGUUAAAUGUAAAUGCAGAGGGUAUAAUCCCACCUACGCUGACGCUGAACAUAGAUCACGAGCGUGGAAGCAGCACCAACUCCAAAAGACUCGCUCUGAUUCAUCGUCAACAAUAUUACUCACAGAAUGAUAACAAUAUUAUCUGCUUGUCACCUCCUGAAUCACCAUCGAUAUCACCGAAGAAGAAUUGA